AUGGUUAGAUCGCAUUGUUGUUCCUUCUCGGACGAGGAGUGGUUCGAGGACGACACACCCACGUAUCCCUUCUUCAGGCCUUUCUACGAGCUGGACGGCAUGGCGGCAGUCUCGCCGUCGAGUUCGCCUCGGCUGCCCUCUCCUCCACCCAUUCCAGAAGUCCAGUUUGGACCCAAGAGCCCGGGAAUCGGCGACAGCUCCAAAGAAUUGUCUCUUGACGCGGUCGGCAAGCCAGAUGAGGGCGCUGCACGCAGGAUCAGACCGGGCACUCGUGCCGCGGACAUGGCCAGAGGACCUCCUCUUGUCCCUUUGAGCCAGGUCAGGAUAACCUCAUUGUGCCACAGAUCAGAUGCGCUAACUCGGCGGUUCCAGCUCGACUCGCCCUUUCAACUUCAAGAACAUCUCAAAGCCUUCUACUCCCACCUCACGCAUACCCCAGAUGCCUCGCACACGAUACCCGUAUCAAAAGAGACUGCGCUACAGCUUGCCACACCCCCUCGAAUCAACGACAACGAAAGUGUGGACAGGAAUCUGUGGUUGUACGAACUCUGCAGAUUCCUGACCAUGAAGGCCAAUCUCGUCUCGAUUUCUCUCAUGAACGACAACCCCCCAUGCUCCGCUCAGACGUGCCCCGAAAUGCGCGCCAGCGAGUGGCAGUAUCUCUGCGCGGUUCAUGAACCUCCAAAAUCCUGCUGUGCCAUCGACUACUGUAACCACACGUUAGACUGGGCUGCGAAUAUCCUCACUAGUCCCAAACAUUUCCCAUCAAGGCUAGCAUUGGGUGGUGAGGCGGGAAGUGCAAUCCAGAGCAUGCGCCAGCUCACGAAUAUCUUCCGACGGGUGUACCGGAUUUUCGCACAUGCUUGGUUUCAACAUCGGGAAGUGUUUUGGUCGGUGGAGGCCUCAUAUGGACUCUACAUGUUCUUCAAGACCGUCUGCGAUGAGUAUCAUCUCAUUCCUGAAGAUAGCUACACAAUUCCAGCGGAAGCGGAAGGAUCCUCUGAGGAAUCGAAUGAUCAGAGCACAUCAUCCGCCUCCGACCCAGAAGCAGGCUCACGGAUGCAGAUACUCCGCAAGGAUAACCAGAACCCACCAGCCGAGAACAGCGUCUCCCCAAGCACGUCUACUGCUAGUCCAGCUACAACGACUGCGACGACUGGCGCGACCGCUCGUCGACACAAGCACACUCCCAGUACAGGGAGCCACGUUGCCAUCAUCCCAGAAGGUCAAGAGGAGGACGAAGACAACACAUCCAGCAAUAUCUCUGCAAUGCUUGCUCCGGAAACGGACGCCAAAUCGUCAGCAACCACAGCCACUGAACGAAAAGAUCGAUCCCCUGAGCGAGUAUUGCCGAAACUCGACAUUGGUGCUACCGUACCACAAUACGAGCCUCGGGCACCCGAAGACCCGACCCCGACAGGCACAGGAGAUGGUUCUGAUCCCCUUGCUGCCGCCGGUCAAACAACCGUACCCGAAAGCACUACCACAUCAACCAAAACAGAAACUCCCGUCAAGCAGAAGAGCACUGCUGAUGAUGAGGACGAAGAAGAGCAAGUCACAUCUCCCUCUGGAGGCAGUAUCCGAACAGGCGGUCCUGACGUGUUGAAGGCGAUCUUAGGACAUCUCGACGACGAGCACACCGAACUCCCCAGUCCGAUCUUGCGAGCACAAGGUCGGAGUUCGACAAGUCCAGCAAAGUCACAGCCUUCUCCAUUGGCGUCACCGUUGUCGCGCCAGGUCGACGUCAGAGUCGCAGUCGAGGAGAAACUGGACGACGACGACGACGAUGAUGACAAUGAACUCGACACAGCACAGGGUAGCAAGACCGCAGAGCUCGUCGAGACAGAAGCGGGAGAGGAUAAGGAUGACCAGUGAUGGUUUCUCCACCGAACAGGGGUCUUAUUGAGACCACAGAGUCCUACCUUUACUCCAAAAACAUAAUGAGCGUGGCGAUGUGUGGAAACUAUUGCGACCCCCAAAUGUACAGUAAUAUUCGAGAGAAGGGCUUACCACGGCGAUUUUAACGUGGGUCAAGCCUGAAAUCACAGAAUCGUGGAUGAAAUGCAAAGGAGAAUUACUCCAGGAAUGCAGCAAGUGACGAGUGUCUCUGCUCUUGUGUAGAGAAAUUGCAGAGACUAUGAACCUCAAAUCUU